GACGAGACCGAACAUCCGAUUACCACCAGAGAGAGACAUGACUAUCGUGGAUCCUCUGGGGAGCCUCAACAACCUCAUGAAGCUGAAGAGGCAGAGAAGAGUCUCUCCAGAUCAGAACACCAGAUGGACAACGCUAGCCGUUCUGUCCUCCCGGAGUCCCAGUGUCGUGCCUCUCCCGGGAUGAAGAGGUUGUCUCUGCUGCUGGUGGACUGCGGGAAAACAACGGGGCUGAGUGGAACUGUGAGAGGAGGAGGAGAGGAGAACGGAUCAGAUUUAACACAUAAAAAAAUGGAGAGUGACACAGAAGGAAUGGAUGAGGACUCUGUGAGUGAUCUGAGUUUGGAUUCCAGCGCGGAUGAAAUGUUUUUGGAAGAAGAAGAUCCACAUCAUGGCACUGACCCCGACUGGGAGCCCCCAGUGCCAACUUGUCCAUCCCCCUCUGAAGCUGGUUCAUCCAGCUGUACCCCUGCUGUCUCUGGCUCCACACCUCCCGGGCCGUCUAGAGGACCGACAAAGAAGAGGAAGAGGGGAAGUGUGCCAUCCGCUAACAGAGGGACAGAAUGGCAUUGGCACACUGUCCUAGAAGACGAUGUGGAGCCACCCAAACCAACUUUUAGGCCGAAAAGGAAGCCAGGACCUCAGCUAAACAUGACUGCUACGUACAGCCCCCUUCAGCUUUUUCAGCUGUUCUUCACCCAAUCCGUUGUAGAGUCGCUCGUGUCCAACACGAAUAAGAAUGGGAAGAAGACGCAAGCAGGCAAAAACGGCAGCAUGGAAGCCCAUAUCCACGGCAGACUUUUUCUGCUACCUUCUCUGGUCAUCUACAUGGGGCUGGUGAGGCUGAAAAGCCUGAAGGACUACUGGAAAACUGACCCAAAGGUUGAUGAAGAGAAUGAGAAGAAGAGAGGCACAGCGAGGUUUGAUACACUGUGCAAAAUCAAACCUCUCUACCACAGCAUUGUCGAGGCCUGCAAGACGUACUUUCAGCCAGCCCAGAACGUGUCAAUCAAUGAGAGGAUGGUGGCCUCAAAGGACAGCAUUGGCCUCCAACAGUACAUGACAAACAAACCAACCAAGUGUGGUCUCAAGCUGUUUGUGUUGGCUGAUUCUGCGUGUGCCUACACGUGCAAUUUCUUGGUCUACGAGGGGAAGAACAGUUUUGCGACCGGUAAGGAACUCAGCUAUGCCUCUGUAAUGGCGUUGUUGGAUUUUCAACUGCUGGGGAAGGGCUACAAACUGUUUGUGGAUAACUUCUACACAAGCCCUGCCCUGUUUGCAGACCUGAGGAAGCUGGGGGUGUGGGCUUGUGGCACCAUUCGUACCACCAGGGUGGGCUUCCCGAAGACGAAGGUGGACGACAUGCCUAAGCAGGCUGAGCGGGGGACCAUACGAUGGAUCCGUGAAGAUGGCCUGCUGUUUGUGAAGUGGAUGGAUGCCAGAGAGGUGGUCAUGUGCUCCACUAUCCACAAGUCCUUCAGUGGGGAUCAUGUUGUCAAACGUGUGAAGGACGCUACUGGGGCAUGGGCCACCAAAAGUGUCCCCAUUCCAACUGCAGUAAAGGACUUCAACAAGAACACGGGAGGUGUCGACCUAUCAGGCGCGCUGACAGGCUACUACAAUGUUCUACAUAAGACGAUGAAAUGGUACAAGACCUUCUUCUAUCAUUUCAUCGACAUCGCCGUGGUGAAUGCAUUCAUCCUACACAAGGAAAUGGCGAAGAGCUGUGGAAAGCCCUUCCUCUCACAGAAAGCCUUCAGAGAGCAGCUCAUCAAGGAGCUUGCUGGCUACAGCACCACUGUACCACGUUCUACCUACUCUACCUCUGUCCCUCCUGGCUACAGCACCACUGCACCAAGCCCUGUCCCUUCUGCUCCUACCACAAGUGUUCAUCUACCCAAAUAUAUCUGUGCAGGCAUGGAUGUGCCUAAGGGCAAAAAGGGCUCAGCAUGGAGGCGUUGCUGUGUUGUUUGCAAGAUGAAGUCCCCCAUCGCAUGCACCACAUGCUCAGUGACCCUCUGCUUUACAUCAGAAAGAGACUGCUAUGGCAUCUGGCAUCAGCAGCAGAGUAUUGUGUAG